AUGGCACAGGAUGAAGAAAAACCCUCAAUAUUAACCCAACCCCCCACUUCAUCUGAAGUGCCAGGCUUUCUGACGUAUAAGAGUGGCUCAGGGGUGAAUAACAGGCGGACAGAGCUCUUUCUGAAAGAACACGAACACCUGAGAAAUACUGAAGUUACCAUGCUGAAUGUUAUCUUGUUUUAUUGUGUGUUGACAGACCUGCGGAAGCAGGCGAGGCAGCUGGAGAAUGAGCUGGACUUAAAGCUGGUGUCCUUCAGUAAGCUCUGCACCAGUUACAGCAGCUCUCGGGACGGCCGCAGAGGAGACAGUAGCUCCGAUACAACACCUCUACUCUGCAACUCCACUCAGGACAGAAUGUUUGAGACCAUGUCUGUGGAGAUUGAGCAGUUACUUGCAAAACUGACAGGGGUGAAUGACAAGAUGGCUGAAUAUACAAGCACACCGGGAGUAACGUCUCUGAACGCUGCUCUGAUGCACACUCUCCAGAGACACAGAGACAUCCUACAGGACUACACACAUGAAUUUCAUAAAACCAAAUCAAACUUCAUGGCAAUCAGGGAGAGAGAGGACCUUUUGGGAUCUGUGAGAAAAGACAUUGAGACGUAUAAGAGUGGCUCAGGGGUGAAUAACAGGCGGACAGAGCUCUUUCUGAAAGAACACGAACACCUGAGAAACUCAGAUCGACUUAUCGAUGACACAAUUAGCAUUGCCAUGGCCACCAAGGAGAACAUGACCUCCCAGCGCGGUCUGUUAAAGUCUAUACAGAGCAGGGUCAACACCCUGGCCAACCGCUUUCCUGCCAUCAAUAACCUAAUACAGCGAAUCAACCUGAGAAAGAGGCGGGACUCGUUAAUUCUGGGAGGAGUCAUCGGCAUCUGCACCAUCCUACUGCUGCUGUAUGCAUUUCACUGACAGACAGGGGGGCUGAGCGACCACUUUGGGGGUGUUCUGCUGAGCAGUGGCGAAGCCUUGAGGAAGGGCUCAAUGAGAGGUGGACCAUUGGGGCCACGAAGCAGAAACCCACCUGGCCUAGUCUGGAAACAGGAUUGAUUGUGGCCAGCAUGGACCUUAUUUGUAUUUAGCAUCGGGAGGGGUUUAGAUCUAACAGCCUUUUUUUGUUUCUGCACUACAAACAAUGCGCUGUUCAGAUGUGAACGGGGACUGAAGACCAAAUUACUAACAGGAAUAGAUUUCAAAGAGCAUAAUUAUAACACAAUGGCUUUGACAAAAGGGCGAUGCUGUGAAGCGUCAAAUUGUGCUGUUCCUGUAUAUUAUUAAUCAGAAAAGGGUUUUAAUUUGAUGAUCCUUUUAGUAAGAGGGUUUCUCAUCAUGCUGUGUACUUUGUGAAUUAAUAAAUUAUUCAUAUACAGGAUAUUAAAAAUGUGUGUCAAACACUCGAGGUCCGUUCUCUAAAGCUUCUAUUUUUUUUUAUGUUUCUAAUCAAAGAUGAUGUUUGAAAUUGGAAAAGGGCGAUGGGCGAGUCACAAAAUAAAAUAAUUGCAUUGCAGCUCA